CUUGAUGGCUUUCUUAUUGCUAAUUUAGGUGUGUGUAACGGUAUCAAUGAGGUAUAUGAAUUAGCUGUAAGCGAAAAAGAAAGAGCGGAGUUUGUCAACGUCAGCGAAACAAUACUCCCUUCUAUAUGGAGGGAAAGCAUGGACAAAAAGCUUUUCACAAUCUCCUCUAUAUCCAGUUCCCGCUGUGUAAUAUCCUUCACUACGAAGCGAACUAUUGCCCUUAAAGCUAACAAAGUCGGCUGGCAUUCAUUAUGGAAGAGAUGCUUGAAAUGUAUUGAGUCCUUGGUCAUGGACAAGAACAAACAGAAGCCAACUAGAUUCAAGAAGUCGGUAUCUGAAGUUCCUGUGAAAAGACGCAAAGCUCCAGCAAGAGGAAUUCAAUGGGAUGAAGACUAG